AUGCCGAGCAUCCGCAACACCCUUCGUUACCUUUAUCCUAGGCUGACCACUUCUCGCAGCAUCGUCCAUGUCUCGAGCACAAGACUCUCCCUUCCCAUCGCACCCUUCUUGUCUUUUCUCCCCAUCCUGCUACCCGUUUUCGGCACCAUAAACGCCUUCUACUACCCACGACUGCUCUUCAAAGCCCGACACUCCAUGGCCGCUCGCACCGAACAGAUCUUCCCGACAGUUUUACAGGCUCUGCAGGGCAUCCUGACCACAGCCAUCGCCGUCCUCUUGUUGCAGUCCGCCAUUCCCGACGAUACCCUCAACUGCGCCCUCUCCACCGCCUGGCAGCGCAUGUUUGCUGCCAAGGACGCCUCCUCCAUCCGCCGCAUCCAGGACAGCCUCGAUUGCUGUGGCCUGAACAGCGUCAAAGACCGCACAUGGCCCUUCAACGGUAACGUACAGUGCGCCCAGCGCUUCGGUCGCGACACCCCUUGCGUCGGUCCGUGGCGCGAUGCCACCUUGUCCAACUCGGCCAUUGAUCUGGCCGUCGUACUCGCCGUCGGCGUUUUGCAGGUUCUUACCUUGCUCUUCAUGCAGAGCGCCAGCAACUGGAGACAUGCCUGGUGGGCGCAGAGCUGGAGCCACCUGUCUGAUCGCCCUAUCGAGGAGCGCGAGCGUACUCGUCCUCUCCUUACGGGUUCCGCCGCAUCUCCUGCUGUCAACGCCGUCAGCCCUGCCAACGACAGCGGCGAAGAGUCGGAUCUGCCCGUCACCUACAGCGACCUCAACCCGCACUACGGUACCACUGGCGACGGUCGUCGGGGCCGGGCACGCACCGGUGGCGGCCGAAUUGAGCCCUCGUCGCUGCGGAACGAAUGGGACGGCGAGUGA